ACCUCCGCGGAAGGCGUCGAAUUGCUGACGCACGCACGACAGCCGCGCUCCGCCACCAUGCCAACAUCGGAUGCUCCAGAGGACCUUCGCAGCUCAUUCCAAGUCGCGCUCAAGAAGUACUUGCAGGUGAAGACGAAGUCCAAAAAGAGUCGCACGAAGAAACCUAGACUUGUGGCGGAAACUGUGUCGUCCCCAGAUUUGGAGACCGUGUCCAAAUGUGUGGUGGAAAUUGCAAUGCCGUUGAAUUCGGACAACGUGACGACGUGGGAAGUUGUGCAUGUCCUCAGCGCCACGCUAUCUUGCCUCGACGACGUGCAUGAGCACGCUCCGCUCACAGUUACAUCGCCUUUGGGUCAGAAGCCGCAAUCCGAUGACUCUUGUGAUGAUGUCGCGAAUGUUCAAACCAUCAUCCGCAUGGCGGAAUCCCACUCGUUGUAUGCGAUGUUGCUGACCGUGCUGCGAAAAUGCAUCAAGCUUGCAUGCAUCGAGGCGGGCGACACCUUCAAGGAGUGCAUGGACUGCAUCGUUGUAUGGGUGGUGUCGCACAGCAAUGGAAGCUGGAAUUGGCUUUUGGUACAUGUCAGCAGGUGUGCACCGAAAGAACUCACUGCGUACUCCGUGGCUAGUCUCAUGGCAGGUGCCAUGAAAGGCCACGCGCUUCUUUUCGACAACUUGAAUUCGUACUUGGCCAUGAACCACCCUUUCCACGUCACCACGUGCCUCCAAGUCACUGUGGACCACUCAAUAUGUGAGAACACGGCAGCGGAGACCGUUGACCGCAUUCUCGACCUCUGCAGCCGCGGGGCCCAUGUGCUGCGUGCAUGCGAUGCAAAAUUUACGACCUUCUUGACCAUUCCACGCCUCACCUCCCUCAUUCGAACGUGCGCAGCUUCCACCCUGGAUUUCCAGGCGAAGCUGCUCGACAUCUUGCGCUUCCACAGCAGCGUUUUGUCUGAAACACCGGUCCAUUUGAUUCCGUUGCUGGAGGAGUUGCUGUCCCAGUCGCCCGAUACGGCGCCGGUUGUAGCGCAAUUCAGCAACUCUGUCGUAGCUUGGUUGCAAACCGACAAGUGCGAUGUGUUCCUUGAUCGCCUCGUCCGAGCUCUCCCUUUUGUCCAACAAGUAGUCACAUCGACGGAGGUCGUGGCGCAGUACGUUGCUGCGAUCGCCAAAAACGUACACAGCAACGCGGAGCGGACGUAUACGAUAUGCCAAGCCUUUUUGCUUCUCAACGAUCUUGGCACAAAUCCGUCGCUGAAUGUGUAUGCUCCGUCGGCAGUUGCAUGCUUGGAUCUGCUCGCUGCAGACCUCCAGCAGUCAUCGGUCGCCUCUGAAAAAAAACAGCGCGCUCUCGAUUUGAUGCACCAAACCAUCCACCAAACCAUGCAACACCACCCCGACGCGCCAAUGCACUCGACACAAAGUUGCACCUCGUUGUCCGCGUGGAGCCAAUCCCUUGGGAUUCCACAUUGGCAGUUGUUCCUCACGCUGGCGGCGACAUCGGAUGUCAGCGUUUCCGUCUCGGCUCUCAAGCUCAUGUGCGAUAUUCCGUACCCUCCGCUGGAAGACCCCUUGUGGCAGUACCGCUGCCUCCACGACUUGCUUCGCCUGUUUUUCCGACUCCUGGAGAGACUUGACGCCGACGCAAACCCGGUCACUUUGAAACGUAUCGACAUGGUCAAGGCGAUUCUGACCAGGAUCAUGCAAGAAUCUGGCGGAGUCGUUUCGUAUCCUGCGUCCGUCGCAACGACCUUUCUCUGUUUGCUGGUCGAUGCAGUUGUGUCGCCCGCGUCGCCGACGACAGUGCCCCAUGAAGUUCCGCAAGAAAUGAUUUUUUUUCGGGGAAAAGAUGCCAAGGGCAACGUCGGUCAAGCGUUCCGGAAACUCACGGCGACAAAUCGUUUGCGACCGUACAAUCCGUUCCCGAAGCCAGCAGCGUUGUCGUCAGAGUCGAGGGAACGCGACGUCGACGUGUUUUCGCAGUUGCAGUCGAUGCGGUCCAAUGCGCACCACAUGAACAUCCUGCGGGCUCCUUCUCAGUUUGAAUCGUAUUUGGUUGCUGCACGUGCGGAGGAAAUGCAGAGAGCUGUGUCGUGCAGUCGUCAAGUCGAAGAUUUGCUUUACCACGCGUUGAAUUUGACAUCGUUCCCGGAUGGAGCCAUCCCGCCAGGCAAUGCGCUAGUCGACAUCUUGCUCGAGCGAACUCUUCCCGUCUCUAUGUUCAUCCCGCCAGAUGAUCACUACCGAGACGUGCUGCCUGAACGAUCCAACUUUGACGUGGACGUUCGCAUCGAGCAGUGGUUGUAUCGGUAUCCCUGCUUUGUGCCAUUGACAAAAGCAGCGGUUUUGUACAGCGCCCCCCAAGCAGCAGUUCGGUGUUUGCCAUUGCUCAAGGCCAUCUUGGUCGUUCUGAUCAACUUUUGGCACGCCAGACGUUUUCACGCAAUGGAUCCGUGUCCUGACGGCAAUCCCUCCCCUCCAACCAACGAAGUUAUGUGGGCAUUGCAAGUCACGAUCGACGUCAUGUCGAUCGUGGAAUUCACAACUUGGGUCCCUGAACCAUUGAGCUCGUGUGCACUGCUCUUCCCCCACGUCGCAGCCAUGGAUAUUCGGUCCAUGCUGCACUCCGUUUGGAUGUAUUUGGCGGACCAUCCGCCCUCGAAGGCUUUGGUGAAGCAAGACACCGGUGCCAUCGACGCAUAUUUGGUACCUGUCCAAAAUGCGUUCCACAAAAAUAUUGCUUCCAUCGCACACUUGUAUGGCCACUUCGCGCUGUAGCGGCCACCAAAAUUCAACGCCGACGCCAGCAGCACCUUGAGGGUAACAAUGCUAACACGAAGGACUCCGGUUUUAAGAGUUGGGUCGCGAUUCUGC